AGAAGCCGGUUCACUGUACUUGCUGCUCAUGUAACCGCGACAGGUGGCAGCUUGCUGGGGCGAUCACACAGGCAUGGCGGCACCUGCGGACGACUUGGCUUCCAGGCUUAACCGGCAUUUGAAGAUGGAUGCCGGGGAAGUAGCAGAGGAUGCGGUGCCAGAGGAGACCCGGAACAACGCGGACCCUGAGCCGAAUGCCAAGAUGCAGCAGGGAUCUGACCUGGCAGAGGGAGAGAGGAAGUGGGAGCACCCACACAGGAGGGUCUUCAAUCCCUACACCGAGUUCAAGGAGUUCAGCAGGAAGCAGAUCAAGGACAUGGAGAAGAUGUUCAGACAGUACGAUGCUGGUAGGGAUGGAUUUAUAGACCUCAUGGAGUUGAAGUUAAUGAUGGAGAAGCUCGGCGCUUCACAAACUCAUCUUGGUCUCAAAAACAUGAUCAAGGAAGUGGAUGAAGAUUUUGAUGGCAAACUCAGCUUCAGGGAGUUCCUAUUAAUCUUUCGCAAAGCUGCUGCUGGGGAGUUGCAAGAGGACAGUGGUCUUCAUGCUUUAGCAAGACUGUCUGAGAUCGAUGUCUCAAUUGAAGGUGUCAAAGGAGCCAAGAACUUUUUUGAAGCUAAGGUACACGCUAUGAAUCACGGAAGUCGGUUUUGAACAAGAGAUUAAAGCUGAACAGAAGAAAAGAAGAAGCAAGCUGAAGAAAAAGAACAGAGAAAAGCAGCCUUUAAAGAGCUACAAUCUGCCUUUAAACCAUAAAACAAAGAUAAAUAGAUGUGGGAAGCUCACAUGUUUAUCAUGCAUUUUAAAGACCAUCAUUUAUCAAUGCAAAUUUUCACAUGAAAAAAAAAUUGAUGCUUUGAAGACUCUAUCAUAUGCUGCUUAAACCUUUCCAUUCUGCUGAAACUUUGCACAAAAUACCUUGGCACAGGUCCUUCCUAAGUGGACAAAAAUGAAUCUUAUUUGUGGUGUAGAGGCAUUUUCUUUGCAUCAAAAUAUAGUGUAAAAUUUGCCAAUUCUAAAUGCAGGAUACAACUUGUGGGGUUUUCAAGAUAUUAAAUAUUUUCAUAGCAUGCAAAUAUAAUAAAUAUGAGAGAUAUCUCAUUUAAUUGCUUAUGGUUGGUUUGGACCAAUUAAAAGAAAAAGAAAAGCAUUUUAGUGAUUUCAUUUAUUUUUCAGUUGCAGACCUCAAUAUUUUUUUAUGUAAUUUUACUGCUGAUUUUUGUCAAAUGUGUAAAUAAAAUGGAUCACAACUCAA